GGCGGAUGUGGCGCGGAGAAGCGCCAGUCCUCUCCCCAAGAAACUCUAUGAAGCAAGGAGAAGAAUAACGCGUUUACAAAAUUCCUUACUCCUGUCUGAAGAAUAGGGAACAUAAACUCAAGGCGUCAAACAUGGCAGAUUAUUCAUCUUAUAAAGAGACCUCUUAUAAAGAGACCUCAAAUCGUCAUUUGCGCUUCAAGCUUCAGAGUCUCGGUCGCCGCCUUGAUGAACUAGAGGAGGCCACCAAAAAUCUCCAGAAGGCUGAAGAUGAGCUACUUGACCUGCAGGACAAAGUCAUCCAGGCGGAAGGCAGCAACUCCAGCAUGUUGGCCGACGUGGAAGCUCUGCGGAAACGAGUUCUGAAAAUAGAAGGGAAGGAUGAGGAGAUCAGGAAAGCAGAAGAGCUCUGCCAGCUGAUGAAGGAUAAGCUUGAGGAAGAGGAGAGCCUCACUCGGGAGCUGAAAUCCGAAAUCGAGAGGCUCCAGAAGCGAAUGGCGGAGCUGGAAAAGCUGGAGGAGGCCUUCGGCCGGAGUAAGAACGACUGUACGCAGCUCUGCCUCAGUCUCAACGAGGAGAAAAACCUGACCAAGAAAAUCUCGACGGAACUGGAAGUUCUGAGGGCAAAAGUCAAAGAACUUGAACAGUCUGAAGACCGGCUGGAUAAAACCGAGCAGAGUUUAGUGAGCGAACUGGAAAAAAUGAAAUCCUUAGCUCUCGCCUUCGUUAGCGAAAGGAAACACUUCACUGAAAAAGAGAAGCAGAGCGAGAAGUUGAUCCAAGAGCUGACGCAAAAGCUGGAGCAAAAUAACAAACUGAACCGGGCCGAUCAAACGCGAAACACAUCGAACCUGCUGGAAAGAUCAUCCAAUAGUAUCCUUGAGAGAAACGACCUGAGGAUUGAAGUUGACUUGACCACUUCGGCACUGUCUUCGAAAGAGACCCGACGGAAAGGGAGUCUGGACUACCUGAAGCUUGCAGAAAACGAAACCCGAAACAGAUCAGAAAACCAGAAGAAUAAAAAUCAAGAAGACAACAAAGUGAAGGACCUCAACCAAGAGAUCGAGAAACUGAAGACUCAGAUCAAACGUUUUGAGUCUUUAGAAGAAGAACUGAAAACCUUGAGAGCCAAAAAUAAUGACCUGCACGAUAGCUACUUGAGUGAGCAGAAUAAAAACAAACUCCUCACAGGACAGCUUGAAGAAAUAAAAACGCAGAUGAUGAAGCAGAAAGAGCUGGAGAAUGGCGAGGCAGACACGGAGGAAAUGAACGUGCCCAGCCGAGUGAAGCAUGACCGACCUAAACACCGAGCGGUCACAGCUGAGUCAGCGGUUUCAAAGCAUAAGUCUCGGGAGCUUUCUCCUCAGCACAGACGGGAGAGGAUACGCGGCCGAGAAUUCUCGUUUAAUAACGAGAGCUACGGCCAAGCUAGCAAGCGGGUGACGAGCCCUAACCUGAACAGGAAAGCAGCCAAAGCUUCUAGUACGUCAGCUUUAUUAGACACUUUAGCAUCUGACGCGAAACGAAUAGAAGACAAACCAACCCCGGGGGUGCACGUUUCCUCACAGAGAGAUGGUGGCACCCCUCCAGCGGAAGUGAAAAAAUCUCGCGAGCAGCCGUCCGUGCUCAGUCGCUACCCGCCCGCAGCUCAGGAACACAAAUCUUGGAAGGCCUCUUCAAAACCCAAGAACGAGAGUGCGUUGAGGGGCAAAGUUGAAAAGGCGUGCCAACCUUUUAACAACACUCAUCACUGGAAGUCCGAUGAACUUGAAGUCAAGCCCAGCAAAGCAGAAACGGCUCUGUCAUCUUCCGAAAAGGGAACUAGGACGCAAAAUGCUGCAGAAUCGCCUGUUCUUUCGACAGAGGCUCGCAUCUCAAAAACAAAUCGCGGGACAUCCAAUGGAGCUGCUUCGUCCUACAGGCAUUAUCUUUCUGCGGAGGUAUUAGCCACUGACCCCACCAGUUUAAAGACAGAAACCUCAUCCCGCAGACAGCAUUUGGAAGAGAGCGCCCCAAAGGCAGUGAACUCCCAAGGAAGAGAGUUUAUUGAAGCUCCGCUUGAAAUGGCAAAGGCUUCAUCUUUAUCAAAGUCGAGGCUCAUUUCAAGAAGUCAGGAAGAUCUCUUGCAGAGUCUCCCAGUUCCUCGGAAGGAAGAAGCUGAUCAGACCACUGCCUUAGCUGUAAACUCUAACAACAUGGCCCUGAAGACCACUUCUGCAAGAACCAAAGCUAACCCUGGUAGCUAUGAAAAAUUCAAUACUAAUGAAGAGACCAGCAAAAUCGCAACCACCCCUACUACUUUCGAUUUAGGGAUAAAAAAGGACCCUGUUUCCAGGGAAUUCAUAAGCUCCAGGGUUGCUGUUCGAACGUCUCCCUUUGAAAACGAGAAAAAUACUUGCAGCGAAGAAGAGCUCGGCAGGUCAUCCAGAACGUCUUCUGCUCCAGUCCUCACGGGGUUGAAAUCCAGAAGGCAAUUCAGUCCGAGGGAAGCUCUGAGAUCCAGAGCAGUCAUCAAGCCUGCGAUUGUGGAAAAGGACGUGAAGGAAAUCAUGGGAGGCACAGGCUCAGGGCCAGAAGCCAGCUCUGAUAAACAGCACCCCGUCUUUAAGACUGUGUCGCACAAGAUGACAAGUAGCAUCACUAUUUACCCAUCUGAGCCAGUUACUCCAAGGACUAGCACAAGUGAUGCCCCAAAGGAACAGCAACACAUGUCCGCCAGCAAUAUUAGGGUCACUCCAAACGAGAGCUCAUCAGGAGUGAACGCAGCCAGCCCACCUUACGAGAUUUCAGUUAACAAGAGCAAUAUAUCCCUGAAGUUACCCGAGACUGAUAAAAACGGGGACUCCGUUCUGAGAAGCAGGGUGGAAACAGUAGUCUCCAAAAGCAGCAUUAUGAUGAAAUCUUCUGAAUCCAUUGAAAAGAACAGCGAACCGCCCGUAGAGACAAUCAACUGGAAGAGCCAUGGCUCUCCUGAGACAAACUCAUCCGAGACCAAACACGUCACGGUGAGAGGCGGGUGGCGAACGAGGCGGGGUUUGCCGUCUUUUGAAGACUCUGCAACUAAAGUGGUUGAAAACGCAACCCCUCGGAGUCCGUAUAGGUCGUCUACGGACCUUUCCAAAGCGGAAGGGACUAGCGCACGCAUCUAUGCGAUCGAGCAGAGUUCCAGAAGAGCCAGUGCUGGUAUAAACUCCUGGAAUGCGCCAGAAUUAGACUCUAGAAGGACCAAAAGUAGCUUAUGUGCAUCUGAGAUGCUCAGCCAGAGGAGCUGCGUCAGUGAUCCAGUGACAGCUUCUCCUUGGAAUUGCACAGUAUUACCAGAGGAAAACAAAGAUUUUGUUCCCAGUUCCAGAAGAAGACCGUUUGGCUCUUCAGAGCAGCUCGCCUGGGGCGACACGCCGAGGAAGCGGCCGGACGCCAGGCUGGAGCCCCCCCGCCAGCUACCGGGCAGCAAGACCGAAGAACGGAGACGUUGGUCCAAAGGGUAUUCAGAAGACAACUGAACCGGCUGAGGGGUCUUUCCCACCCCAGUUGCAUGACCUCCAGAAGCUGAACUUCAUCCUACCCCCUCUCCCCACUGGCCUUCCCUGCAGCCAGUCCACCACAGGGACAUGUACAGUGCCUGACUUUUAACCCUUUCAGCACCCAAGGCUCCCCCUGCCCCCCGCUCCGUUUCCCCUAGCCUUGGGUGGUCGUUUUUGUGUUUUGUUUUUAAAGGUGGCUUUGCGUCUUCCUUCUCCUCCAUGGAGGAGGUCGCAGCGACUUUGCUCAGGGGAAUCCCCACUCCACAGUCUUACCAAGCUUGAAUCAACAGGAGCCCUUCGCUAGUGACCGACCGCGUCUCUAUAGAGGGCAUCCAGGAACUUUGGGUCCUUGGAGCAGAGGGCCAUGACUUCCCGUCUUCUGCUCUGCCGUUUCCUGGAGAGGCAAGAGAGGCAU